GUGACGUCACCGCCGUUGCGUCACGGCUAGGGGGUGAGGUCAAAGUUCACCUGUUGAAGCCGUUCAGAUAAGCUUAAAUGGAGAAUACAGUAACCUAUAAAUCUUCAUCCAGACGAGGCCGCCAGCCUUACCUACCACCGCAAGAGGCAAAAAGACGGCGUCUGGAACGCUAUCGUUUGAGGAGACUGCGGAUGGUUGAUAUUGGUGGAGAGACUGAAAGCUGGCACCAGCUGAAAUUGGAAUUGGGCUUUGAGAAAGAUGCUUCUUUCGCUAAAUUCCUCUUGGAUUAUUACAGAUCCCAUAGUGUCUCCAAGAUGUUACAUUCAGAUCCAAAAACAAAGAAAGAAAUUGUUCACCACAAAGGGAAAGAUGAAAGCAAUAAUGCAACAUGUACAUCCUCCUCGGAAAAUCAAAAUGAACAGCGUAUCCGAUCUUCACUGAUUAUGACAUUUCCCCACAGAACUACUUCACAACCACUGUCAACUGCUAGUUUAUCCAGUGUUGAUAGUGACAUGGACACAGAUCACGAUAAAGGGAGUUUGGAGUUUGUGGAAGAUCCUGUAGAUGUGACUGAAUAUCUUCUUCCAGGCAACUUCUUAAAUACUAAGCUAAGGGACUGCACAAUCGAAGAAGAAGUCUUAAACAUCAUUAAUGAUGAAGUUAAAUCUGAAGAAGAAGAAUCUAUCCCAGUUUCAGUUGCUUCAGCACAAGGCAAGAGCAUAUGUAGCAUGAGAACUGGUAUCGUCUUUGAUACAUGUCUUAUGUCCCUAGCUGAAAAAGCCUUUUCAAGGUGCGAGUGUCUCAACUGCGAUGGCAAAAUAGAUUUGGAACUGCAUGUUGUAGCAACAGCAUUGAAAGUCGUGAUCCAUUGCUGCCAUGGACAUGAGUCUGUCUGGUGGUCUCAGCCGUUGCUCGAAGGCGUCCCUGCCGGCAACAUUCUCUUGGUGUCAAGCAUAGUUUUAUCAGGGAAUAAUUAUCGAAAAAUUGCACUGAUGUUGAAAUUCCUGAAUAUGCUUCCAGUCAGUCAUCAAUCAUUUCUGAAGAUUCAGAAGUCAUAUGUUCAGCCAUCAGUGACAAACUACUGGAAGACGAUGCAGGGGAAACAUUUUCUGGAGCAUACACAUCCUGUCGUGGUGUUGGGGGAUCAAUGCAACAACAGCCAUGUCCUUUCAGAGAAAUAUCUCACCUACACAAUGAUGGACAAUUCCACUCACAAGAUCCUUGAUGUUCAAGUGAUCGAUGCCAGAGAAGGAACCAGGAAGCUGAGAAAUUUGGAAAUCUCUGGGUUCCAACGUGCCUUUCAGUGCUUGGUACAGAAUAGUCUCGAUGUUUCCGAGAUAGUUACAGAUGCAGAUCCCCAGAUCUUGACAAUGAUGAAGUUGAAAUAUCCAAAUGUUCUUCACCAGUUGGAUCUCUGGCACGGAAUUAAAGCUGUUCACAAGAGGUUAAACAAGGUUGUGGCUUCCAGUGACAACAAAGACCUACAACCGUGGAUUAGCGACAUCAUAAGGCACUUCAUGUAUUGCUGCCAACAUAGUAAUGGUGAUGUAAACACCUUGAUGGCUCGCUGGCGCAGCAUCCUGCAUCACACAGUGAACGUGCACGAGUGGCAGCUUGGUGACUGUUCCACUACAGCAUCCUGUGAGCAUGGCCCUCUCACAGCCAAGGAAAUCAAGGACAAGCCGUGGCUAACAGCGGGUUCACCUGCCCACCAUGCCCUGCGCAAAGUGGUCUAUGACAAAUGGCUCACCUCACACCUGAACUAUUUCAUCCAAGCCAGGGUAACCAAUGAACUGGAGUCAUUUAACAAUCACAUUCAAAUGUAUGCUGCAAAAAACUUCACAUAUGAGCACGAGGAUUACCUGGUGCGUACCUUGCUGGCAGCAAUUGAUUACAAUUCGCACAUUGAUCGUGAAUAUCAGCGUAAUGCUGAUGGUGGAAUUGUAUACCACAGGAUGUACUCAAAGUGCAGAAAACACUGGAGAGCUGUUCCUGCAAAGGUCCAGAAACAGUACAACUACUUCGAGGGGCUGAGAGAGGACAUGGUGAAAGCAAUAUCCUCAAAGGAUACCAUUCUGCCCAGAAAAUUAGGAGCAAAAGGCAGGAGGGUUCUGGCCCCAGCUAAGCAAUGCAAUUUCCACCUGAAGAUCAAAUAGCUAUUGGCAGAAGAAAGUGUGACGUUAAGGAAAGAAUGCUUUGCUGUUUCAGUAUUGCCGAU